GGAUAUAUGCAAUUAGGAGUUUGAUAUUACUGAGAAACCAAAAUGGCUGCACAGCAAAGUGGAUUGAUUCCUCGUGUGAAACUUGGAACCCAGGGCUUUGAGGUUUCAAAACUGGGAUUUGGGUGUAUGGGCCUCAGUUGGGCCUACAAUGACCCUGUUGCUGAAGAGGAUGGUGUAUCUAUUAUUAAGUAUGCAUUCAACAAAGGGAUCACUUUCUUUGAUACUGCUGAUUGUUAUGGAGCUGCUGGUGCAAAUGAACAUUUGGUUGGAAAGGCCUUAAAGGAGCUACCUAGAGAAAAGAUCCAGUUAGCGACAAAAUUUGGUAUCACGAGAAGAGAAUUUAAUCAAUUUACAGCUCUUUCUGAUAUACUUGUCCAAGGUUCACCUGAUUAUGUGCGCUCAUGCAUUGAAGCUAGCUUGAAACGUCUUGAUGUUGAAUACAUUGAUCUCUAUUAUCAGCACAGGGUGGACACAUCUGUACCAAUAGAGGACACAGUAGGUGAACUUAAGAAAUUGGUGGAAGAGGGUAAAAUCAAGUAUAUUGGGUUAUCUGAAGCCAGCCCUGAUACAAUAAGAAGAGCACAUGCAGUUCAUCCCAUCACAGCUGUACAAAUAGAGUGGUCCCUCUGGACUCGUGACAUUGAGGAGGAGAUAGUUCCUCUGUGCAGGGAGCUCGGUAUUGGCAUUGUACCGUAUGGUCCUCUUGGUGGUGGCUUUUUUGGCGGAAAAGGUGUUGUGGAAAGUGUGUCUGCAAGUAGCUCUCUGACUAUACAUCCCCGCUUCCAAGCUGAGAACUUGGACAAGAAUAAGAGUAUAUAUUAUCGAAUUGACAGUCUUGCUAAGAAGCAUCAGGCCACUCCUGCUCAAUUGGCAUUAGCAUGGGUACUCCAACAAGGCAAGGAUGUUGUGCCUAUUCCUGGAACAACAAAGAUUAAGAACCUAGAUCAAAAUAUCGGUGCCUUAGCAGUAAAACUAUCAGAAAAGGACCUGAGAGAAAUUUCUGAGGCAGUUCCCACUGAUGAUGUAGCAGGUGGGAGACACCACAAUGGACUCGAUCAUUUUUCUUGGAAGUUUGCUAACACACCUCCAAAAGAUUCGAAGAUCUCAACCUGAAGCUCUCUAAAUCCUUUUCAGUUAGAGAAUGCUCUCAGUCAUGAUUUAAGGGCAGCAAGGCUGAUAGAAGCAAAUAUCAGGAGUCUACCUGAAACUAAACAUCAGAGUUUCACCAAAGUCUCUGUUGUUAAUUAUGCUUUUCCCCAUUGCUCACGGGGAGAUUGAAGAAUUGAAGAAGAAAAUGUUGCAUUAAUAUUACUAUUCACAUAAAGUUCCUCUGUAUGCAUGCUUAUGUAUUUGUGUAUUUUCUACUAAUAAAUCUGUAGCCAGACUUUUCCCAUUUUUGUAUAUAUUGUACUACCAUAAAGUUAAAUGAAAUAAGAGUACUUAUACAAAGACUGCAUAAG